AUGACUUUUUUUUAUCCUUCACAUACUGGUUCUACACUUUUUCUUAUCCUUAUCUGUGUUUCUUCGGUCGCAGCUGAUGAUUCUGGGGAUGAAUUCUCGAACAACCUUUUUAGUGACUUGGCGCCACUGCUCACGCUCUUUGGAGAGCAAGUUGCGAAGCAGUUUCUUGGGCAGUCGAUGGGAUGGGCGGAUAACCUGAUAUUUUCUAUGGCGCCAUUAGGAAUCAUCACAGCAGUUGUAGCAGCUAUCCGAGUCGGUGGACCGACUUGGCUACGGGCGAUUAUUGGUCGAGCCAAGGAAAGUCAGGGAGUGGCCGAGCUAGAACUUAUGUCCUCAACCUCCGCGAGUGUCUGUGAACUAUGGAAUGGUCAAACUGUUGUGCGAGUUCUUGGAUCUCCAGAGAUAAUCGAGCUAGUGUUCCUUGAGAAGGAUCCUAGAGUCCAGGAUCAAAACACAUUGACUGAUACCCCCUCAGUAGACGUCUAUUCCUUCGAAGAGAGCAAAUCAUGCCCGUCGGAAUCCAGUCCUUUAUAUCGUCAAAAGCGGAAGCGUCGUCACAUUAGUAGUGAUCGUGGAUACAGUAAUGAAUACGAACUUCUUGGCAUGUCAUCGCCAGGUAUGGAUGGGUCUGCAGAUGUUGAGGACCGAAUUCCGAAUCCAUGCGCUCCAAAUAUUUCUCUUAAUGCCCGGGGCGAGACUGCUAGCCAGAGUGAAUUAUGGUCAGUAGCAAUAUUGGGAACUAUUAUUCAAUCUGUUGUCAUCGUAUAUUGGGGUUUAAUCACAAAAUAUGAACCAUGGCUUGCCACGGGCAAAUUUCGAAAAGGAGGGAGACCAACCCCAGAGUAUGCGUUUCCGAUGACUACCGUCGGUACAGUUGCGGUUGUUGUGGGGAUGUUAAUAUGCUCCCAUGUCGUUGACGCUGCUACGGUGGAGGAGAAAUGGAAGGCGAAGGAGGACGAAGAAGGGAAGGUGAGGUUCGCGUGGCUGCAGAAGGGACAGAUAGUGAAUGAUGAGCAUUUUGACUCAUAUGCAAUAUUUUGUUUGAACGACAAGCAAACUAUUAUGACAUCACGGGUAAAGAGGGAUCUGAAGGGGUUUCAGUCGUUAGUUUUGCUUGGUACCAUUGUUAGCAUCUCGGGUUUUGUUGCUCAGUUUAUGGGUCUUAGAGGGAUGCAUUGGUCGGCCACAAUUGCACAGUUGGUUGCAACUGCAGUGAUGUCUACUCUAAGAGCAAUCAUCCGUCGACAUCUUACUCGAAAUCCAGCCGCCAAGAAAAUCACCAAAAAUUUCGAGCUUGACUGUAUGGCACGGGAGAUUACUAAAUGUGAACGAUUCUCAAUUCCAACCGGACUGCUUGAGGGCCUGAAAUUCGCCCCAUUCGACCCUCUACUUCCAAUACCAGAUGGUCCUGGAAAGAAGUUAAUUGAGACACGUGAAAGACUGAGGGCUAUAUCUGGCUGGACUUCAAACUUUCACAAGGAAAUGUCGGCCCUUUGCGACGCCAUCGAACGAAGUAUGGAAUACAUAUCGGAUCCUAGCAACCAGAUGACACAGGUCGAGAAAUUUCAAUCUGUUCCAGAACUUUCAAAUGGAACUCCCUCGUUAAUUCAACGCGAACUAGAUUUGGCAGAAUUCAAAUGGCCCUUAGUAGUGGGUGUAAAAAGAGUUGGGCAAGAUUCAGAAACCUUUGAAAAAAUCGAGUUUCAUUUGAAACGGCGGAAACCCAGAGAAGCAGGGGAGUUAUGGGGAAAGUGGAAAGUUGAUCGCUCUAAGAUAGAAGCCGCAUACUCUUUAUGCAUGCUUGAUUUUCAUGAACUAGAGAUGCGGUCACUUUAUCAAAGUAAAGAUAGAAGAGGCCGUAGUCUCGGACCGCGUGAAGAUUUCGAGUCGCAAGAUAGCACACUGCGCAUAUUAGGAUUUGGUGGUACCGAUAUAAGUCUUCCUUAUGCCCGAUGUUUAUACGACUGGUGGAUAGCAAGGGAAACAAAAUGUAUCGAGGUUAAAAAUACUACCGACGGAGCCAAGGAGAACGAUAUUCCUCAUUUUCGAGUUAUAGGAAGCCUUUCGACCCCUCUUGAUAGCAGUGACGGCAUGCUCGCUGUCGUUUCAAAUACCCCUCUCGAAAAACUAUGUGCUCAGCAUAUAUUUUCGGUCUUCCUUUCGUCGGCUUCGGAGCUUAUUUCGUCGAUGCCAGGAAAGAUGGCGGUCAGGAGAUACAACAAACGAACCAUCGGAACUUUUGGGAUUACGCAUAGCUCGGUAGAUAAGAUUGCCCAAAUUGUCCAGGAAGUCGGCUUAGCAAACCUAGAGGAAGCUUACAUGACCAUUAUCCCACCUCUUACUGGAAAGCUCCCAUCCAUCAUCGAAGCUCAACGCGAUAUCUUAAGUAUUGCACGGCGUGACGGAAACCCGGCGACACAAGAAGAAUUAAAAAGCGACAUGUUUUUCUGGCUUUCUUAUACAUGCCACAUCACCGCAAGGUCCCAUACCAGAACUCGAAAAGAUCUUACCAGUUACAUGCAAGCUGCCAAUGCCUACUUUAAAGCUGCUGAAGCCUGCGUCGAUAUUCUUGGCAAACAUGACCCUCAGGCUCGAAUUGCUGUCAGGGAAUUGUUACGAGCAAUCAAGAUUGUGGUUUUCAAAGCAGAAGCCCUUCAAUUCUCCAUUCCGGAGAAUGAUCUUCCAGAACUCAGGGCAUGGUACCUUAAUAUCCACCAAUGGCUGCAGAAGUCGCUCUCCCGUAUGCCGCAAGUCACAGACCCAUUCAAUAUCGCACUUUUAAAGAUUGUGGAAUUACACCGAGAUGUACUCGGAUGCUGGGCUAUAAGUAGCGACAGUAAUCUUGGUGGACAAUACUUCGUAGCCGCCCCAACACUGCAGGACUGGCACAUGGAGCAGAAACAUCUCAAGCAGACUUGGGAACAUUUGGAAGCAAAUGCCAUGGCAAAUUAUGAUCGUAAGCAAUGGUCUGAGGCAUUAUCAAUUGCGUUAAACAAAGGUUUAGAUGCUGUUACGGAACUUUUAUUGGAGAGUAUACCUGAUGCAAUAACUUUGGACGUUUCAAUGGAUUACAACAGCACGGAGUUGCUCUCUUAUUCGGGCCCAAGCACCACGUUAGACGGGGAUAAAUGCCUUCUGGGCGAGUUCGCGAUGCGUUCUGCCUCAUAUACAUUUGAUGUCGAUUCUAUAGAUGAAAAAGGACAAACAGCAUUAUGCCGUGCCGCAUAUUCCAAUCAUUAUCACACUGCCGAGGCCCUUUUGGAAACCCACGGCGCAGAUAUCAACAAGAAAGAUGAGAGCGGAAGAUCACCAAUAUUUGUAGCAGCAGUUUUAGGCCAUCAUAAUAUAUUUCGGCUUCUCUAUGAACGAGGGGCCGAUAUAAACGCCCAUUAUGAGGAUGGAAAUACUUGCCUACACGCCAUCGCCAGCAAAGAUUACUUAGAUCUUCUCGAUAUCGUUCUCUAUCCAGGGCAAGAUGUGCGAAGAAUCGAAAUUGAUUCUACCAAUGAUUUUGACGAAACACCUCUCCAUUUUGCAGCAAGGGAAGGUUACUUGACGAUGGUCGAUUCUCUUCUCGAUAUGGGGGCGUCUGCAGAUAAAGCAAAUAAUAUCGGCCAGACACCGCUAACAUAUGCCGCUGCUUCUGGGCAUGUAAAUGUGAUACAUGCUCUAAAAGCACGAGGAGCAAGUCUCAAUACUAUCGACGAGCAGGGUUCAAGCAUAAUCCAGGCCGCAACACUUUACGGACAUACGUACACUGUAGCAGUGCUACUCGAUCAAGGGGCACCACCUCAAUGGAGAUGUGUCCAAAUAGCAGCCAACUUAGGGAAUGAUGGAAUCGUCGAACUUGUGUUAAGCUACCUACUUUUACCGGAGCCUCUUCUGAUAAUGGAGCUUCCCAAGCAGAAGUUUUCCAAGUUAUUCAAGACCAAGGAACACGCAGAAUUCCUCCAGCAACCAACACGGAGCUCGCUUCUCCGUACUGCUAUUAGAAGAGGAUUGACUAUGGAUCAGAUCAAGUUUUUCCUCGACUUGGAUGCGGACCCAUGCCACCGAGACAGAGAAAACAAUUCAGCACUUAGCUUGGCAGUUGAACAAGGGAAUCGAGAUCUGAUAUUUCUUUUACUUGCCAACUCAUCACCUAUCAUUAUUUCCCAAGAUAUUAGAGUACCCGUACGUAUUGCGGUCGAGCAAGGAGAUGAAAAAACACUGGAUAUAUUGCUUCAAGUCGGGCCAGUAGAGGAUAACGAUCUUAUUGCUCUCAGCACACGACUAGGAAAUUUCUCCAUCACCGACAAGCUUUUUUACCUCGGACUACGUCUUGAAAGCCAAAAGGUCCGGGAGUUGUUGCAUUUUUCUGCAGUUGAAGGAUCUGCUGAAACGUUCUGGAUAUUGAGACGUAUGAUUCCUGAGCUACUGGAAAUAGCAAAACAGGAAUCUACGUUACAUCUAGCAGCUGAGAUGGGAAAAGACAAUAUUGUUUCCGCUCUGCUAUCGAUUGGAGUGGACGUCAAUUCACGAUCCCAUGAAUGGACCGCCCUUCAAGUUGCCGCUAAAGCCGGUAAUCUUAGUACCGUCAAAUUGCUAAUCCAGUCUGGAGCGUGGAUAAACUUCAAGAACCGAUACCAAUGGACUGCUCUCUCCUUAGCACGGGCUCGAGGGUUCGGCGAAAUCGAAGCAUAUCUUAACUCUUUAGACCGCACAGACCCAAACCUCAACUGGGGCAAUAGUGACGAGAGUCCUAGAAGUCCUGGAGCUGAAGAGGAAUAUGAUCCCGAUGACCCAUGGAACAACAUUUUUGAGUUGGAUACCGGGCCAUACUUAGUAAACGAUCAACAGGCAAAACUAUCCUUCCAACUGUCUGGCGCUGUGGAUGCAUAUCCAACGCAAACAUUUGAGUUACCACUUAUUGAUGAAGCCAAGAACCCUUCUAAUCAAUUGAUUCAUUCUCCCCGGCCCAUUGAACUUACCGAUGUGCCCGUGAACCGGCCAAGCGCUCCUCCUUCAAAUUCCUCAGAUACAGCCCUAGUCAAUGUUUCAUCUCAGACCCCCCCAAUUAAUAUAGAUCGAUUUCUUUCUGAUGACUUUGUCAUUAUUUUUAAAUCAACAAAGAAGUUUCUCAAAAAGAUGUUGGAGGGCGGGAGAGUGAUGCAAGACGAUGGACCUUCUUGA